AUGAUAGAAAAUCGGCAAAAACUUGUCGAUUUCCUCCAGUCUUGUGAUUUAUCAGAAGAAAAAGUGCGAAAAAUCGAAGAUUUCAUCGGAGAAAACUACAUAGACAAACCAAAACGGAAACCACUAUUCUCAGUGGGAGAGGAGGAUUCAGAAGACCUCACAGAAGAAGAUUCAGAAUCUCCCCGAAUCACUGAAAAAUGUGAAACCGGCAUUCAGUGUAAACGAGAUUCGGAGACAGUGGAGAUGGAAGCUGGAAAUCGAAGUUUAGACGAAAUUACCAAGGAUUGGAAAGAAUGCAAAACCGUCUCUCCUGGAGAAUCACUCCGGUUGCUGAAACGUGGAACUGCAAAAUCGCGAGAGCUAGAAUCCAGAUUUCCAGCUGAACAGGCGAUUCCUAUUAGACGAACGUUUAUUAAUAAAAAGUUGGAUAAAUUGCCAUAUUUGAAUUAUGAUUACAGUUUGGCCGCCGAAUCCUGCUGUGAGAACAUUGUAGGGUACACCCCAGUACCAGUUGGCGUGGCCGGUCCUCUAUCCAUCAAUGGAUCAACAGACAUCUAUGUACCAAUGGCAACUACAGAAGGAGCACUGAUUGCAUCCACGAAUCGAGGCAUGAAUGUGAUACGAGAGGCUGGAGGCGUUGAGACGUCUGUUGUGAAUUCAGGAAUGACAAGAGCGCCAGUUGUGAAAUUUCCAAGAGCUAGAGAUGCAGUUGAUCUCAAGCUAUGGAUCGAGGACCCAAUCAACCAGAAUUUGGUUCGACAGGAAUUUCAAUCGUGUAGCAGAUUUGCAAGACUGAAAUCCAUCGAUGUGACUAUAGAUGGAAAUCUUGCAUAUCUGAGAUUCGAUGCGCACACUGGAGAUGCGAUGGGAAUGAAUAUGAUUUCAAAAAGCUGCGACCUAACGAUGCGUUUUCUCCUUGAAAGAUUCCCCGAAAUGCAAGUUCUUGCUCUUUCUGGAAACCUCUGUGUCGAUAAAAAGGCGGCCGCCAAGAAUUUCACAGAAGGACGAGGACGAUCAGUUGUGGCAGAGUGUCUUAUCAAACGAGAUACAGUAAUAAAGACCCUCCGAACGACUCCAGAAGCGUUGGCUUAUUUGACGACAACAAAAUUGCAUAUUGGAUCGGCGAGAGCUGGAACAAUCGGAGGAUCGAAUGCGCAUGCUGCGAAUAUUGUCGCCGCUAUUUUUAUAGCAACUGGACAGGAUGCGGCGCAGGUAGUGUCAUCAGCAAUGUGCUCUACACGAAUGGAAGUAACUGAUGAGAAGGAUCUCUAUGUUUCGUGUACACUUCCAUGUGUUGAAGUGGGUACUGUAGGUGGUGGAACUAUCCUCUCACCUCAACGAGCCUGUCUGGAGUGUCUCGAAUGCGCUGGACCGAAUCAUGAGCGACCGGGAGGCAAUGCCGAACGGUUGGCUGAAAUUAUAGCAGCGACCGUGUUGGCUGGAGAGCUCUCGUUGAUGGCUGCAUUGACAACAAAUGACCUGGUUUCGAGUCAUAUGAAGUUGAAUAGAUCCAAACAACAACUCUAUUCGGACGAUUCUGGAAAGCCCACACGAUUACAAAGAGACUUCGAGAAGGCUAGAAACCUGUUGCCGAAUUCCAAUGGGAACAUCAAACUGAAAAAGAAGAUACCGCCAAGUGUUAAUGUUCAGUGCUCCAGUAUUCUGUAG